GCUUUUCUUGGAACUCUUUCUCGUGGCGAAGUUCCUUUUAAACAUCACAUAAACUUCGAUCCAAAGAGGCUAUACAUCAUCGCUCUCCAAAACAGGCUAUACAUCAUCGUUCUCCUUAUAGAUCACAGUUCUCCCAGGCUCUAGAUCAUAUCCAUAGUUCUCCAUGGACAGCUCCACCAAGCGAGGAGGAUCAGGAUCCGCGAGUGGCUUCUUCCAGGACCGCUACUCGGCAAAGCGCCCAAGAGCAUCAUCGCCGCCGCCACCCCUCGAUCCGGAAGAGGGCCUCGUCUCCAUCCGCCACGAAUUCGGCGAGCACGGCGGCGUCAACAUGUCCAUCGAGGCCUCCUCCACCUUCACGGUGAUGGAGGCCGAGACCAUGGCCAAGAUGUUCAAAGGUGAGCUCGGACCGGACCGCGACUUCUACAUCUACAGCCGCCACUUCAACCCCACGGUGCUCAACCUGGGCCGCCAGAUCGCCGCCAUGGAGGGCACCCAGGCCGCCUACUGCACCGCCAGCGGCAUGUCUGCGGUAGCCAGCGUCAUACUGCAGCUGUGCGACGCCGGCGACCACGUCGUCGCCUCCAACCGCCUCUACGGCGGCACCUACGCGCUGCUGCGUCACUUCCUCCCGCGCACCUGCGGCAUCGCCACCACCUUCGUGGACGUGACCGACACCGCCGCGGUGGAGCGCGCGGUGGCGUCGCGCGGCACCAAGAUCCUCUACGUGGAGUCCAUCGCCAACCCGGUGCUCACCGUCGCGGACAUCCCCGCGCUGGCUGCCAUCGCCCACGCUCGCAGCGCCGCGCUGGUGGUGGACAACACCUUCGCGCCCAUGGUUCUCUCGCCGGCGCGGCUCGGCGCGGACGUGGUCGUGCACAGCAUCUCCAAGUUCAUCAGCGGGCAGAGCGACGUGAUCGCUGGCGCGGUGUGUGGCCCGGCGGCGCUCAUCCGCGACAUGAUGGGACUCCAGCACGGAGCUCUGAUGCUGCUCGGCCCGACCAUGAAUCCAACAGUCGCGUUUCACGUAUCGGGCAGGCUCGCGCAUCUCGGACUAAGAAUGCGCGAGCACUCGUCCCGGGCGAUGGAGUUUGCGAAGAGGAUGAAGAGCAUGGGUCUCAAGGUGAUAUAUCCGGGCCUGGAGGAUCACCCCCAGCACGAACUUCUCAAAGCGCUGGGGAACGAAGGCUAUGGCUAUGGCGGGGUGGUGGCGGUGGACUUGGACACGGACGAGCGGGCCAACCGGUUCAUGCACUACUUGCAGAACUUCACCGGGUUUGGGCUCAUGGCGGUGAGCCUCGGCUACCACGAGACGCUCAUGUCGUGCUCGUCCUCGAGCACGAGUAGCGAGCUGAACGAGGCGGAGAGGGCCGAGGCCGGCGUUGGAGCCGGGCUUGUGAGGCUGUCGGUGGGAUACACUGGGACGCUGGAGCAGCGGUGGAAGCAGCUGCAUGAUGCGAUUGUGGCGCUCGGCAUAGCUCGGAAAGCUUAGCUUGUAAAUGAUUUGAUCACUUGAAAGCUUUCUUGAAGCCUUUCCAGACUUU